UCGUAGAUACUGCUGAGAUUAUGUGUUCUGUCAGACGAGAUGGACAAUUUCUCUUGGAUGGGAAAAUACAUAAUAUGGGUGAGGAGACAGCGGCGUUUAAGAUCGCCGUCAAUCCAGUUAAUCACGUAUUAGACGUGCUGGUAGUAGCUGAGAUAAUUAAUUCUGAAAAGAAAGAUAUAAUGAUAUCAUGGAACAAAAUUUGGAAUAACGAGUCGGAUGUUUACUUGUUUGAUAAAGAUUACAAAUUAUUGGGACAAUAUAAUAAUGAAAUUACUCGGUAUCUGGCAAGGACGAUAAAUCCCCUACUUUAUGGCGGUGCCUGUCCUUAUGAAAGGACAGAAAUCGAUCACUGGAUAUCCUGUGCCCUAGUAUUGCAAAAUAAACAAAUAAACAAGGAGCUUUUAAACUAUUUGAAUGAUGUGUUAAUAGCACGGACAUGGCUGGUCACCAAAAGAUUAACAUUGGCUGAUAUUCAUGUGUUUUGCGCUUUGCAUCGUCACGAAUAUAUAAAAUCAUAUGCAAAAGAUUAUUGUAACAUUACUAGAUGGUACAAGCAUAUGGAAUCGCUUCCUGUUUUCAAUAAUGCAAUAUCUAUGAUUGCAAAAAAUUGUUCUUCAACUUCGAAACCAAAAGAUGUAAGUUCACAAAAAGAAAAAUCUGAUGCCAAGCAGACGAAAACAAGGAAACAAGAGGGCAAAUUUAUUGAUCUUCCUGGAGCAGAAAUGGGCAAAGUAGUAGUAAGAUUUCCACCAGAAGCAAGUGGCUACCUGCACAUUGGCCAUGCCAAAGCAGCUCUUUUAAAUCAGUAUUAUGCUGAGACUUUUCAAGGACAACUUAUCAUGAGAUUUGAUGAUACAAAUCCAGCGAAGGAGACUAUAGAAUUUGAGGAAGCUAUAUUGGAAGAUUUAAAAUUACUGCAAAUUAAACCUGACCGUUUUACGCAUACUUCGGAUUACUUUCACAUAUUAGAAGAUUAUUGUACUACACUAAUUAAGGAUGGAAAGGCAUACCUGGAUUGUACCCCGGCGAAUCUUAUGAAAGAACAACGGGAUAAAAGAUUGAAAUCUGAAUAUCGAGAUCUCUCCUCUUCCGAAAAUCUGAAAUUGUGGGAAGAAAUGAAACGUGGUACCAAGAUGGGCCAAGAAUAUUGUGUCAGAGCAAAGAUUGAUUAUCAGUCAACAAACGGAUGUAUGCGCGAUCCUACAAUUUACCGUUGCAAAUUAGAAUCUCAUCCACGUACUGGAAACAAAUACAAGGUAUAUCCUACGUAUGAUUUUGCCUGUCCAAUUGUUGAUGUUAUCGAGAAUGUUACUCACACUCUACGAACAACAGAGUAUCACGAUAGAGAUGCUCAAUUUUAUUGGAUAAUCGAAGCUUUGGGACUGCGUCGCCCGUACAUUUGGGAAUAUUCACGGUUAAACAUGACUUAUACGGUUUUAUCUAAACGAAAAUUAACUUGGUUUGUAAAUGAAGGUCUAGUCGAUGGCUGGGACGAUCCACGCUUUCCGACAGUGAGAGGCAUUCUAAGACGAGGAAUGACAGUCGAGGGUCUGAAACAAUUCAUCAUCGCACAAGGUAGUUCGAAAUCUGUAGUCUUUAUGGAAUGGGACAAAAUAUGGGCUUUUAAUAAAAAAGUCAUUGAUCCAGUUGCGAUUAGGUAUACUGCACUGAAUUAUAAUGAACUAAUAUCGGUUAAUGUAAUAGAUGCUAAAGAAGAGUGGUUGAUUGUGCAAAAUCAUCCUAAAGAUUCAUCUAAAGGUACCAAACAAGUGCGCGUAGGCUCGAAAAUUUUGAUAGAAAAGGAAGAUGCUGAAAGAUUAAUUGAAGGACAGAAUGCGACCUUUAUUAAUUGGGGUAACAUAAUGAUACAAAAGAUAAAUAAAUAUAAUGGCAAUAUAAUAGAUGUGCAAGCACGAUUGAAUCUAGAGGACAAAAAUUAUAAAAAUACUUUGAAGAUCACGUGGCUGGCUGAAUCAUUACCUACAUCUGAUUCAAAUGCAGAAAAGUCAAAUCCAAUAAAAUGUUACGCUGUUUAUUUUAAUCACAUUAUGAGCGUACCGGUUUUGGGCAAGGACGACGAUUUUAAAAACUUUGUUGCUAAAAAUACAAGAAAAGAAAUUCGAAUGCUGGGUGAAGUAGAAUUGAAACGCGUGAAAAAGGGAGAGAUAAUUCAGCUUCAGAGGAAGGGAUUUUUUAUUUGUGAUAUUCCGUAUGAAUCUAGUUCUUAUUCGACACGGGAACCACCUAUUGUAUUGUUCCAUAUACCUGAUGGGCAUACGACAACACCUUAUAUGACACCUGUGGUAUCUAAUAAUCAACAGGAAAGUAAAGUGCAACAUAUGAAAACUCUUGAUAUAAUAUAUAGAAAUCCUUUAGAAAAAAUAGAAGAAGCAAUAGUUAAAUACGAUAAAACCAUAAUAUUAGAUCCUUCUUGGAAGGACAAGAUUCAAAGUCUUAUGAAAGAAUUAGGACUAAUAAUACCUUAUGAUGCAGUUAAUGGAACGCUUAGAAUUUCAACAGAUUCAAUGAUGUAUCCACUAUACUUAAAAGAGAAAAACGAAGAAUAUGUAGACGAAGUAUAUACUGAUAUAGAAGAUUAUUUUCAGAGAUUAAUGGAUAUGCAUUUCUAUAGAAUGUUAUUGCUAUUGUCGGUUUACAAUUUGAUAUUUAAAGAUCCAGACACCGACGAUCCAUUGGUAUGCAUGUCUGUAGCCAUAAAGGCACAAUUCGAUAAAGUGCAGUUUUUAAAGAAUUUAAAAGCUGAUAAGAGCAAAAUCGUUCAAGAAGAGAAAAUACUCUCAGACUUGAAAAAAAAUUAUAAGAUAAUGAAUGGUCAGGAUUGGAAACCUGAGCUUUCUGAAUCUAAUGGUACUGAAAGCAAUGUAUACUCAGAUCAAAAGGUAGAUCCAGAAAUAGAAGAAAUAUUUGAAAGAUAUAAGAAACAAGGUCAUACAAAAGAAUAUAUUUUGUAUAUGGUGGAUAUUCAAAAAAGCAUAUAUGAAUAUCUUAGAAUAGCGAAGGAAAGUAUGUUUAACAAAAGAUGUUGGACAUAUGGACAAACUGGACCAACAGAAGAUUUUGGAGCUUAUCUUAAAACAAGAACAAAGCUACUAUUCGAAAAAAUAAAAAAGCAGAGUGACGAAGUACGAGAUCUAAAAAAUUCAGAAGCCGACAAGAGCAUUAUUGAGAAAGAAGUAAAGGUUCUCUUGACAUUAAAAAGUGACUAUAAAAUUGUGAGUGGUAAGGAUUGGAAAUUGGCUGACACUAAAGUUGCUAGUACUGAAAGCAAAAUAAAGUCAGGAAAUCAAGAAAUUUCGGAAGCGGAGAAAAUAUCCGAGGAAAUAAAGAAGCAAGGCGACAAAGUACGAAAUUUAAAAAGCUCGAAAGCUGACAAGAGCAUUAUUGAUCAAGAAGUGAAAGUUCUUUUAAGCUUGAAAAGUGACUAUAAAAAUGCGAUCGGUCAGGAUUGGAAACCAGCUGAUAUUAAAGUUGCUAGUAUUGAAAGCAAGAUAAAGCCAGAAAACCAAGACAUUUCAGAAGCGGAGAAAAUAUCCGAAGAAAUAAAGAAGCAAGGCGACAAAGUAAGAAAUUUAAAAAGCUCGAAGGCUGGCAAGAGCAUUAUUGAUCAAGAAGUGAAAGUUCUCUUAAGCUUGAAAAGUGACUAUAAAAAUACGACUGGUCAGGAUUGGAAAUCAACUGAUACUAAAGUUGUUAGUACUGAAAGCAAGAUAAAGCCAGAAAACCAAGACAUUUCAGAAGCGGAGAAAAUAUCCGAAGAAAUAAAGAAGCAAGGCGACAAAGUAAGAAAUUUAAAAAGCUCGAAAGCUGGCAAGAGCAUUAUUGAUCAAGAAGUGAAGGUUCUCUUAAGCUUGAAAAGUGACUAUAAAAAUGCGACUGGUCAGGAUUGGAAACCAACUGAUACUAAAGUUGCUAGUACUGAAAGCAAGAUAAAGCCAGGAAACGAAGAAAUUUCAGAAGCAGAGAAGAUAUCCGAAGAAAUAAAGAAGCAGGGUGACAAAGUACGAAAUAUAAAAAGUUCAAAAGCUGAAAAGAGCAUUAUUGAUCAAGAAGUGAAGGUUCUCUUAAGUUUGAAAAGUGAUUAUAAAAAUGCGACUGGUCAGGAUUGGAAACCAGCUGAUACUAAAGUUGCUAGUACUGAAAGCAAAAUAAAGCCAGGAAACCAAGACAUUUCAGAAGCAGAGAAGAUAUCCGAAGAAAUAAAGAAGCAGGGUGACAAAGUACGAAAUCUAAAAAGCUCGAAAGCUGACAAGAGCAUUAUUGAUCAAGAAGUGAAGGUUCUCUUAAGCUUGAAAAGUGAUUAUAAAAAUACGACUGGUCAAGAUUGGAAACCAGUUGAUACUAAAGUUACUGAAAGCAAGUUAAAGUCAGAAAACCAAGAAAUUUCAGAAGCAGAGAAGAUAUCCGAAGAAAUAAAGAAGCAGGGUGACAAAGUACGAAAUCUAAAAAGUUCAAAAGCUGAAAAGAGCAUUAUUGAUCAAGAAGUGAAGAUUCUAUUAAGUUUGAAAAGUGACUAUAAAAGUCUGACUGGUCAAGAUUGGAAGCCCGUGAAUUCGGAUGCGGUAUCAAAAAAAGAAAAGCAAAAUAUUUCUAAGCUUGAAAAGACGCUGGAGAAAGAAGUUGCAAAAAACGCGAACAAUAAGGACUCUGAUUCAAACAAAACAGGCACUAGAUUAGGAUUGGAAGCGAAGAAAGAGGAGAACUUUACUGAUUGGUAUUCGCAAGUUAUUACGAAAAGCGGAAUGAUUGAAUAUUAUGACGUGUCAGGAUGUUAUAUUCUUCGUCCGUGGAGUUUCUCGAUUUGGAAGAUAAUAAAAGAGUUCAUCGACAAAGAGAUAACGGACACUGGUGUUCAAGAAUGUUACUUCCCGAUCUUCGUUACUCGUAGCGUAUUAGAAAAAGAAAAGGCGCACAUAGCAGACUUUGCGCCGGAAGUCGCGUGGGUAACGAAAUAUGGUGAAACUGAUUUGGCGGAACCUAUAGCUAUACGACCCACUUCGGAGACUAUUAUGUAUCCAGCUUAUGCCAAAUGGCUGAGGUCAGACACUGAGUUACCACUUAGGCUCAAUCAAUGGAAUAAUGUUGUGAGAUGGGAAUUUAAAGAUCCUAAACCUUUCUUACGCACCAGAGAAUUUUUAUGGCAGGAGGGCCAUACCGCGUUUGCUACUAAGGCAGAAGCAGAGGCGGAAGUAUUAAUGAUUUUAGACUUAUAUGCUAGGGUGUACGAGGAUUUGUUAGCGGUACCCGUCAUUAAAGGUCGCAAGACUGAAAAGGAGAAAUUCGCGGGUGGCGAAUAUACCACUACCGUCGAAGCGUUUAUUCCGAUUAAUGGUCGCGCAAUACAGGGAGCGACAAGCCAUUAUUUAGGACAAAACUUUUCGAAGAUGUUUAAUAUUCAAGUAGAAGGUAUCGCGGGCCGAGAAGAAAAGACGUUUGUCUAUCAAAAUUCAUGGGGUUUAACCACACGAACGAUUGGAGUCAUGAUAAUGGUACACGGAGAUGAUCGAGGUUUAGUAUUGCCUCCAAAUGUAGCACCUAUACAAAUCAUUGUGAUUCCCUGCGGUAUAGCCGUGAACAUGGAUGAACACACAAAAGAGAAUAUUCUAAAGAAAUGUGAUUGGCUAGUUCGUCAUUUGGGUCAAGAGGGUAAAUUUAGAGUGAAAAGUGAUUGUAGACUUAAUCGAACACCUGGAUGGAAAUUCAACCACUGGGAGCUAAAAGGCGUGCCAAUAAGGCUUGAAGUGGGUCCAAAGGAUUUGUUGAAAAAUCAAGUAACAGUUGUACGAAGAGAUAACUUUCAGCGAACAACUAUCGAAAUAUGCAACGAUAACAUAAUUACUCCAUUAACUUCAAUAUUGAAUGAUGUACAAAAGCAAUUAUUAUCGAGAGCGAGAAGUAAGUUAAACGAGCAUAUUAAAAAAGUAGAAAAGUGGGGUGAUUUUAACCCCGAGCUUAAUAAAAAGAAUUUGUUAUUGGCACCUUUUUGUGGAGAUCCGGCAUGUGAAGAUAAGAUUAAGGAGGAUAGUAAGGAAGAUAGAAGUGAAAGCGCAGAAAGUGGAUCAUUAAUGGGCGCCAAGAGUCUGUGUAUACCAUUUGAUCAGCCAGAAAUGAUAAGACCACUCAAUGAACUAAAAUGUAUUCACCAUAGUUGCAAAAAUAAGCCGAAGUUCUAUACACUUUUCGGACGUAGUUAUUAAUGCAUCUACAUAAAAGGCUCUUACGCAACCGUUCAUCUGGCAGAAUAUAUCGAUGGAGCGAGCUCGAAAAAGAUGCGUCUGGCU